GCCACGGUCAACUACGAGCGAGCAGCGAGCCACUCAUCCCUCCGCCUAUGGCUGCUAGCUGCUCCUUUCCUUUGCUCCACGUGCAUGUUCCCGCCGGCCACCGGUCCAUCGACUGGACUCUAGAGGAAAUCAAGCACAGAACUGCAGGUAGGGCGGCGCAUGGGGUAGAGGCCGAGGAAUCGGCGGCGGAAUCGACAGAAUCGACCCCGUGCACCGAGGCCGUUCAAGGAUUUUUCUUUCUCGAGCUCAGGAGGGCGCAGAGGGAUCAGGAGCUGCCAUCGAUUUGGAGGAGGGAAGGGAAAGGAGCGACCCCAUCUGCAGGCUCGGGCCUCGACGCCCUCGCCUUCGUCCGCUGCAAGGGGAAGAACGGAGCUCGGAUCUGCCGACGAUUCAGGCGAGCGGCAAGCAAUUUUGCGCAGGGGUCGCCGAAUCCACCGGCGUGGAGAUGGAAUUGGGCAUGGGAAGGUGGGCGGGCAGGGAGGAGGAAGAACCGCCCUACCACACCCGUGGGAGAUGGGACUAAGGGAGAAAAGUUGGGACCUCUAGGGUAGCGAUCCGAGUAUAGGGACCCUGCUGGACCGUGUUUCAGUUGUCAGUUCAUCUUGCUGUAAGUCGUCGUGAUAGGAAAAGCGGCGACAUGAGUUUUAGCAACAAAACGUCAUAGAAAUUUGCUCAUAAAACGUGCUAGGAAACAGAAAUUGUUUCCUGCUGUAAUCCACUUGUAUCGGGAGAAAAUAGUUGGUUUUAUCAAAAGACCUGGAGUAUCAAAAGGGCUCCGUAAACUGACUGGUGCCCUCGUGUCAUCAAUUUGGAAAUGAUCUUGAAAGAGAGUUUCAGGUGGAUCUAAACGGCUAGAUUUGGUAAAACAAAACGCACAUCCACCGCAGCAACACCGCAGAAAACUAGACCCUUUAACUAGAAAAAAAAGAGAGAAAAAGCCCUAAUUAAAUAGGCAACCCAACCAAGCUGAGCUUCCACAGCUCAGAGCGUCGGCGCGCGGCCAUGCCUGCUCCGUCGAGGACGCUGCCCCCGCCCGCCGCGCGGCCCGUGGCGAGCAGCGCCCCGCGCCGCCACCCCCGCCCCCCGCCCGCGCCGCACCACCACCUCCACCCGCAGCACGAGCAGCAGGGCGGCGCCACGACGUCCGUACUGGGCGUCGGCGUCCCGAACGCCUGGCUCUCGCAGCGCACCCCCGUCCUCGGCCUCCGCGCCUGGGUCCUCGUCGCCGCCGGCGCCGCGGCGGCCGCCCUCGCCCUGCUCUGCGUCAUCGUUUGCCUCUGCCGCCGCUGCCGCCGGCACCGCGCCCCUCGCCUCGCCCCGCCCGCGCACCGCCCCGGCGCCAGCAAGUCCCUCAGGCACCGCGUGCACGCGCAUCAGCAUCACCAGGCGGUGGCAAUGCCGCCGGCAAAGGACGCGGAGGAGGCCGCCGCACCGUGGCGCCCGCCGCCGAUCGAGGCCAUCAAGGCGGAGCAGAAGGCGCCGCUGAUCCUGGCGGGGCAUUUCGCGAGGACGAGCGUUGAGACGGCGACGAGCAGCGGCGGCGACGGCGGGAGCAUCGACAGCGGCGGCGACGGCGGCGGCAGCGACGCGGAGGUUCCAGAGGCGGCGCGGCGCGGCUGGGGCCGGCGGUACACGCGCCGGGAAAUGGAGGAGGCCACGGCCGGGCUUGCCGCCGCGAACGUGAUGGGCGAAGGUGGCUACGGCGUCGUAUACAAGGGCGUGCUCCGGGACGGCACCGCCGUCGCCAUCAAAAACCUCCACAACAACCGAGGCCAGGCGGAGAAAGAUUUCAGGAAGGAGGUUCAGACGAUCGGGCGUGUCCGGCACAAGAAUCUGGUCAGUUUGCUCGGCUACUGCAGCGAGGCAGCUUGCAGGAUGCUUGUCUACCAGUACAUGGAGAACAGUAAUCUGGACAAGUGGCUGCACCACGAUGACAGUGAGAUCAGUCCACUGACCUGGGACAUCAGGAUGCGCAUACUCCUUGGAACAGCUAAAGGGUUAGCCUACCUUCACGAAGGGCUGGAGCCCAAGAUAGUCCACCGCGACAUCAAAUCCAGCAACAUCCUUAUGGACCGGCAGUGGAACGCCAAGGUGUCGGAUUUCGGGCUCGCCAAGCUUCUCUGCUCGGAGAGGUCCUUCGUCACCACUCGUGUCAUGGGGACGUUCGGGUAUGUGGCGCCGGAGUACGCGAAAACCGGGAUGCUGAACGAGCGGAGCGACGUUUACAGCUUCGGAGUGCUGGUCAUGGAGGUCAUAACCGGCAGGACUCCGGUGGACUACACAAGACCAGCCGACGAGGUGAACCUGGUGGAGUGGCUGAAGCACAUGGUCGCCGAGCGGAGGGUGGAGGAGGUGCUGGACCCCCGGCUGCCGGAGCCGCCGCCGUCCAAGGCCCUGAAGCGUGCGGUCCUCGCCGCGCUCCGGUGCGUCGACCCGGAGGGCAGCCAGAGACCCACGAUGGCGCACGUGGUUCACAUGCUCGAAGACGACCAGAUACAGCGAGACGAAUUCAAGCUCGCCCGGGACCUGUCCCCUCGGGAGUCGGAUAGCUACGAGCGCGAGCACUGCAGGUGAUGGAAGCGGGCCACGCGACGCCGAGCAACAAUCUGGGACGCUGGGAUGCUAAUAGCGAGAUGUGUUUGGUACAAGCUGAGAUCUCCCUUCCCUUGUAUUGCGGCUGCAUUUGUUCUGUGACAGCGGUGGUUAAUAACACAAGUGUACGGUGUUCUUGAAAGCCAACGACUGUGCCACCA